AAAGCAGGCACUUCAGCGCAAAACCCUCAGAAUCAUUUGAUAUCUAUCUACACUGAAGUCAAAGGCUAAAGAAUCACUUAAAAUGGAAUUGUGCUAUGGAUUAUUUCAGGCACGUGUGUCGUGGAUCCAGUUCACUUUUAUUUGCUCAAUGCUGUGCAUGUGGACUAGUGUUGAGUCCUGGUCUUACGUCUACUCAAACAAAUCAAUGAAAUGGGAUGAUGCACGUAAUUGGUGCAAGGAGAACUACACAGACAUGGUGGCCAUCCAGAACCGGGAGGAGAUCGAGCAUCUUAACAACUGGCUGCCCAAAAAAAAGGGCUACUACUGGAUAGGGAUCCGUAAGAUCAAUGAUGUCUGGACCUGGGUAGGAACCAACAAAACUCUGACAGAAGAAGCGACGAACUGGGCAGAAGGAGAACCAAACAAUGGCAAAACUGGACAAAGUCGAGGAGUCAGUGAGGACUGUGUGGAGAUGUACAUUAAACGAGACCAAAAUCCAGGCACGUGGAAUGACGAGAGGUGUAUGAAAAAAAAGACUGCUCUCUGCUACACAGCGGCUUGUAAGAUUGACUCCUGUUUGCAUGGAGAGUGUGUUGAAACCAUCAACAGCCACAAAUGUGAUUGCUUUGAAGGGUUUUUUGGAGACAAGUGUGGUCAAGUUGUGCAGUGUAACAAAAGUGAGGUGAUUGUGCCAGAUAAAGGACAUGUAAAUUGCUCUCACAAGCAUGGCAAUUUCACAUAUGACUCGUUGUGCCAGUAUUCCUGUGAGGAAGGAUACAAGCUGAGUGUGCAGACUCCUCUGAGGUGCACGGGGUCAGGAAAAUGGUCAGAUAAGCACCCUUCAUGUGAAUUGAUUCAGUGUGAGAAGAUGUCAGAGCCUACACAUGGAUCCAUGAAAUGCUCCGAUCCUCUGGGCUCAUUCAGCUAUCAGUCCACCUGUACUUUUACCUGUGAUGAAGGUUAUGUUCUGUCUGGAUCUCCAUCUCUGCAGUGUGAAUCAUCAGGAAAUUGGAAUGCAUCCCAGCCAUACUGUGUUGCUGUCCAGUGCCCUGCUCUGCAAAACUUGACAAAUGGCUUUGUCAGCUGUGGAGAAGAUGCUGAUAUGAGGUUCAGCUACAAAAACACCUGCAGCUUCAGUUGUGACCAAGGUUACCAUUUAGUGGGAGCCAGUAGAGUGACCUGCACAUCAGGAGGUACAUGGAAUCAGCAGAUUCCUCACUGUGAAGCCAUCCUUUGCCAGAAUCCAGAGAGAGAAGCUCCCCUCAUCAUGCAGUGCAGUGAAUCUGUGACCGAACUGCGACCAAACUCCACCUGCAGCUUCAGCUGUGAAGAAGGUUUUGAACUGCAGGGAGCAAACACCAUCAAGUGUUCUGAGGACGGACAGUGGAAUAAAAUCAUACCUACAUGCAAAGCAAAAGGAUGUCCUGCUCCAGAGGUCCCAACAAAUGGUCAGAUAAGCUGCAGCCCUUCUCUUAGUCAUGAGACACCCCAUCCACUUGGCAUGCUUUGUAAUUUUACAUGUGAUGAAGGACAUGAGCUGCAAGGUGCACACAGCAUGGAGUGUACACAUCCAGGCCAAUGGACCUCCAGAUCACCAACCUGCACAGUUGUUCAAUGCCCGUUGCUUGAGGCUCCUGAAAACGGUCACAUCAAUUGCUCCAGCACUGAAUCAGUUUACAACUCUCAGUGCUCCUUCACCUGUGACCAAGACUACUCAUUAGAAGGACAUGAGCUGCUGACAUGUGAUCAUCAUGGCAACUGGACUAGAGAGAAACCCACCUGUCAAGCUCCUGCUCCAAUUACUGCAGUUACCGCUGGUGUGGCAACAGGGGGCACUGCCUUGUUAUCUGGUGUCUCUAUGGCUAUGUGGGUCUUGAAAAAACUUAAGAAGAAUGUAACCAAAUUCGACCUGAGCAGCAGCACUGAGUCUCCCUCACAGAGCUACAAAAACAGCAUUGACAGCCUAAUAUAGGAAUCUCUCACAUUCUUAAUAAACAAAUAUGGAUACUGUAAAUUUUUUACCACAUUCAUGCAAAACAUAUUGAUUGAUAUACCUUUAUUAGUCCCACAAGGGGAAAUUUCAUAUUAUGUGCACUAGUAUAACACACUAAUCAGGCAAAGACAAUGUAAGAAAAAGAGCUUAUUUCGACACAUCCACUGAGUCAUUGUAUCCCUUUGUAAACUGUAAAAAGAUCUGUGAUUGCUCUGAAAUGUUGUUUCAACAUGUAUUUCCUCCCAGUGGGAGUUUUAUAUUGAACAUAUUGUUCUACAACUUCAUGAAAAUGCUGGAAAAAUGUGGCUAUUCCUGUUACUGUAAACGUCACAUAACAUGUAAGCUGCCAUUUCACUGCAUACCCGUGAAUUCUUUUUAGUGUUUCUGUGGUAUUUAUUUUCUAAAAGAAAAUUGUGCGUUGAAUGUUUAUUCAGGCGUUUGCUUGUACAAAGCUAUAUUUUUAUUUACUGAGUUACUGUAACACUUUAAAACAUGAAAGUUUUGUAUCUCGUAUAUGCUGGAAAUGUUCUCAU